AUGAUGUCUUCCGCUGAUCCUUUGGUGGUUGGUCGUGUGAUAGGUGAUGUUGUUGACAUGUUCAUACCAUCUGUUGCCAUGUCUGUUUACUUUGGUCCUAAACAUGUCACCAAUGGAUGCGACAUUAAGCCAUCCAUAGCUAUCAACCAACCCAGAAUCACUCUUACUGGAAAUAGGAACAGCCUCUACACUCUGGUUAUGACUGAUCCUGAUGCACCAAGCCCCAGUGAACCAAGCUUGCGCGAGUUCAUACACUGGAUUGUGGUUGACAUUCCCGGAGGAACAAAUCCAAAACGGGGUCAUGAGAUUCUGCCUUACAUAGGACCUAAGCCACCCGUGGGGAUUCACCGAUUCAUACUGGUUCUCUUUGAGCAGAAGGGACCUAUAGGAUUGGUGGAAGAGCCACCAAGUCGAGUCAGUUUCAACACUCGUUAUUUUGCGAGUCAGUUGAAUCUUGGUCUUCCAGUAGCUACAGUCUACUUCAACUCCCAGAGAGAGCCUCAAUCUAAGAGACGUUGA